GAGAUCACGGCUCCCGCGGUUUAAGGGAAGAUGGGAGCCUGCGGACACCCGGCACUGCUAGGGCGGAGGGUCAGCUCACACCCCCACUGUGGGUCCCCCACCAGCAGCCAUGGGCCAGAGCAUGCUCCUGUCCUGCCUGGGGUUGGCUUGCUGUCUGCUGCUGCUGCUGGCAGGCUCCGAAGCGCUGGGGAGCAGAGGAAAAGAACAGAGUUCCCAGGAAGAGGAUCAUGGUGCAGUGGCAGAGGGGGGACCAUGGGGCACAGCAAAGUACCAAGCCCUGAAGAAGCACUUCGGAGCUGUGGGUGCUCUCUCCAAGCAGUACUGGCAGUUGCUGGCUUGCAAGGUCUGGCAGGAGGGCUGUGAAGAAGAGCGGGAGGAAGAUGAGGCCGGUCUCCAUCCAGGUUGGAGCUUGCCCCUGGUGGGCCAGGAUUACCUAGAGAUCCUCUCUUCCUGGUACUGCAGCUUUGGCAAGUGCUGUGAGACUGGAGACUGCAGGGUAGUCAACAACAUCACAGGACUAGAAUUGGACCUGAAUGGACAACUCCAUGGGCAGCACUUGGCCAAAGAAGUUGUUGUCCAGGCAGUGCGAGGGUUUCUGCAGAGCCCACGGCCAGAGAAGGCUCUAGUCCUGUCCUUCCACGGCUGGUCUGGCACAGGCAAGAACUUUGUGGCCCGGAUGGUGGCCAGUCACCUAUAUCGGGAUGGGCUGAAGAGUGAAUGUGUCAGGAUGUUCAUCUCUCUCUUCCACUUCCCCCAUCACAAUUACGUGGACUCAUACAAGGUUCAGCUGAAGAAGCAAAUAAGCGAGACCAUACAGCUCUGCAAGCAGUCCCUGUUCAUCUUUGAUGAAGCCGAGAAACUUCAUUUGGGCCUUCUGGACACAAUCAAACCCUUCAUGGCUCGCUAUGACAACAAGGGCCAGGUGGAUUACCAGAGGUCCAUCUUCCUCUUUCUCAGCAAUAUUGGUGGCAACACCAUCAAUGAGGUAGCCCUGGACUUCUGGCGAGCCGGGCGGGCACGGGAAGAGAUUUCCAUGGAGUUCCUGGAGCAGCAGCUGCGGCUGGAGUUGCUGGAACCUGCAGACAACAGUUACGCCCGCAGCCACUUCCUUGAAGAGAACCUCAUUGACUUCUUUGUGCCGUUCCUGCCCUUGGAGUAUCGCCACGUGAAACUGUGUGCAAGGGAUGCUUUCCUGGCCCGUGGACUUCCAUACACAGAGGCAGCCCUUGAUGAGGUGGCCAAGAUGAUGGUGUUUGUCCCCAAAGAGGAGAAACUUUUCUCAGCACAGGGCUGUAAAUCUGUAUCUCAGCGUAUCAAUUACUUUCUUCCCUGAACACUAGGUGGGACUAUGCCAGUGAUGAAGGUGGUUCUGCAUACUUAGAGCUGCUCUCCGUUCUCAAGAUCAGGCAAGCAGAUUACCCAGCUGCACACUUGCACUGGGACAGAAACUUCACUCCUUGUUACUGUGAGGGCUGUUUGCAGGGAAGUGCACCCUGCUGAAUCUUACUGAUGGGACACUGGGACAGCCUGCACUUGACUGUGUUUUAAGUCAUCCAGUGUUUUUAAGUCCCAUCUUUUAGCAGGUAUUAGCCUGAAGUAGUGAUUUGGUUGUGCUGAUAGAAGCUGUGUUUCAGGUGAGCAGUGGUGCCCCAAUCCUUGCUUUGUUACAGUGUAGUGAAGGCCUUGGACCGACUGGUGUUAGUGAGACAGUCCAGCCGAAACUGCUCCCUCUUCCCUGCCCCAUCUUUCUCAGUCGCUUUACAAGCUCUCACACUGCACCCAGCUGUAUGCUGGAGUUUUCUCUGUUGCUCUCCUGCAUUCACAAGAUUGUCUGCCAUGACACACAUGACAAGUUCAUGCUUUUGAGUAAGGAGGCCCUUGCGUGAAGAAAACGACAGAGUAAUCAUCUCCUCUGGAGAUGUAAGACCCUUAGGCUCUUGCUUUGGAGUGUCCUUGCUCUCCCCUUUCCCAUUGGAGUCUUCCGUUGUAUGGAAGCAACUAUGGGGAUGAGGUGAACAUAGGGCAUGUGCUGAGACUGAAGUUAUUUUUCUAAGCAGUUUGAAGGGCUGUUUGCUCCACAGCAGGAGCUGGUUUAGGGAGAGGUGAACUCCACUCUCAAGGACAAAGGGCUGUUGAAGAGGAUAGUGAUCAAAAGAAGAGGUUACCGUUGAGUUCUGGAUUGCAGAGAUGGAGUAAGGGUUUUUUUAUUAUUUUUUAAUUUAAGUAAGUAUGUUGCAUGCUGUAGCUUUAGGCUAGUAUCAGUAUUACUACACAAAGGGGCUGUUUGCUGUCUGGGUACUUGCCAAAUGAUAAGUAUGUUACAGCAGGACCAAAAAAUUUCAACAGUGUUACAGGAAUUGCUUUGUGACCUCUAGGUCAAAACUCCCUUCCAACACAGCCAUGCUAAGGAAGAUCAGGAGAAACAGCACAUGCCAAGGACAGUGUUUAGUUACCUGGCCACUGGAUGUGUGGCCUUUGGUCUAUUUUAAGCUUUGAACGGCGCUGCGAUGCCAGUGGUGAGUAGCACGACCUCUGGGAAAAGAUUGACCAGACAUACUUAAUACUACUGCAGACCGCAGGUUAGUGUUUCCCUCCUGGCCUGCUGGCUCGUUAUCUAAUGAGGCUUCAUAGUCCAAGGCAGGCAGAUGGGCCAGCUGCUUUCUUCUCUUCAUGCAAAGUUACUUUAAACCUAUCUGGUGUUUGACUCUGGACUGGGACCUUAAGGUUUAUGCCAGCCUGCACUUACUUUAUGAGCUUUGGUUUAUGGCUGAUCAUCUGAUCACAAGCCUCAAUCCUAAUGCUGCAGCCUAAGAGAAGAGGGAGAUGUGCACAGGGAAGUCAGCUGACAAAGUCAGAAUGCAGCAUGACAGGAGCACACCUCAGGUGCUGUGUUAUAACUAACUAACCUGCUUAGUUAAUUUUCUAAGACAGGAUGAGUUAAGAUUUUUUAAAAAAUAGAAAAGAAUCCUUAGCUGUUCAGACUGCUGCUUAGAGUGGAAGACAGUGGCUUUGACAAGCAUUUCAACAGUGGUGGGCUUGUAUGAAGUUGGCAUGUUGAACAGUUCUUCUUACCAUUAUUGAUUUAAAUGAAGGCAGUGUUAGUAAUGAGGGCAACUAUUAAACUGAUGAUGCAAGACCCUGCAUGCUGGUGGGUCACAUCGGGGCGUAUGGGUCACACCAGGGUGUAUGUUUGAGAGUUAAGUGAGCAUUUGAUUAUGCAACUGCAGUACCAGGAACCACUUUCCCAUGACCACUCCAUGGCACCAUUAAGUUCAGUUUUAAAGGCAUAAAUAAAGAUGAUUGAUUGCUUUUCUUUGCAAA